CGGAUUCCUGUGGACCUUGACUAUAAAACCUUCCGCGCGUGCGCAACGAGGCCAAAGCCGUGCAGUCGAGAAAGUAGAGCCGUUUCCGAAGUUCCGAGCGACGAGUCCCGCUGCCUCGACACUACAGAGCCGAGAGGACCAUGGAGGAAACCCAAGGGAAGAAGAGGGGGCGUAAAAGUUUGACGCUGUUUGUUUUCGGCUGCCUCGCUGUGGCGGCGACCGCUGGGACAGACCAAGUCUUACCACCACGAAAUGUGUCGCUGUCCUGGAUUACAGACUUCCGUCCGAAUAUAUCAUGGAUACCACCAGAGAAUUUCCGGGAAGGCUGUCGAUAUCGUUGGUAUUCAAAACAUCUGGGCCGAGAUGAACCAACUUCAAGUCUGUUUUUGGAUGCCAAGUGUUUCCAAUGGACGACAGAGAAAGGAGUUUUGGAUUUUUCAGUUCAAACUUUGUGUAAUGGGACGAUGAGUGAACCUGCUGAGCUCCAUAUCACCUAUCCAAACCUGGUGAAGAAUGUUCAGUGUGUAAUCCACGCCACCAGUCUAACUAACUGCUCCUGGCAACCAGCCACUCCUGUUCCAGACCUCCAGUUUUACUACUGGUUAAUGAAACAGGGUGGAAAGGCUUGUGAACCUGAUUACCAUUUGGAAAUGUGCUCUACCUAUGUGUACAAAGACGGUGUGAAGACAGGCUGCCAUGUGCCCAGUGAUGACAACACUGUAGACAUGUACCUCCUGUUCAACGGAACGAUAAAUGGCACAGUUGUCAAAAAUGUCUUUACUAUUAGCAUGAUCAACAACGUUAAGCCCCCCGCUCUUAAUUGGACAGCUAUUAAAAAAGGGGGUGAAUUCAAGAUCACAUGGGAUCCUGUUGACAUCAAGAGCAUACGUCACUGGUGCUACAAUCUGAGUUACACUGAGUGUGGUGAGAAGAAAAAUAAGACAGGUGGUGAUUCAAUAACACUGAAAGUUGUCCCAAAAUGCCGAUACACCAUGACUAUGAAAGCAGUCAAGGGAAAAUGUGAAGACAAGGGCACAGCAGAGAGUGAAGAAAGUGAUGAGAAGAUCUUUGAGGCGGAGAUGAAUCCUGCCUUAUUUGCCAUCAUUUUGAUCCCGGUGAUGUUCUCCAUCUUGGCAGUCGUGGCCCUUGUAUGUUUCAGGAAGCACAAACCAAAGCUGUUCCCAAAAAUACCAAAAGUACCUCCUAACUUCAUGGACAUUUUAGACAACAACAAUGAGAGGAGCACUAACCCGAGUGUCCUGUCGAAGAAGGAAGAGGAGUGUGAUAUUGCCCUGGUGAUAGAGGACCAGCCUGCCAGCCCCGAGUCCUGAUUCACCUAUCUGUCCAACAGAAAACAGGCCAACACUGCGUCACUCUUCAUCCCCUCCCUCAGUGCUCGCCAGCGGGUGAACACCAACCUGGAUAGGCAACAUCGGCAAAAUUAGCACUGAUGGGUUUUUUAUGUUCACUUCUCUGUGUUUAUGUUGGUAAAUUCAGUCAGUUUUUAGAUUAUUGUGGAAACUCACUCAGAGUCAUAUCAGCUCUAUGAGUGGACGUACUCUUAUCAUUCCACUUUGGUCUGCACAAGUGCAAAAAAUGGUCAUAGUAUAACACUGGUAAUAUUUGCUGUGUAAUAUUGUGAAGCCCAGCACCCUUGCUGUGUAUUGUAAGAAAUGCCAUGAAAUUUGCUGAAGGUAGUUAACCUACUUAACCAAGUUCACACUUGCUUGAUAAUAUGGGCCUACAGUACAGGCUAAAAUAUAGACCGCUGAACAACACAUGCUUUUAGGACAUUUAAUUUCAAAAGCAUAAGCACUACUAUGGAGUUGUUGCUCCCUUUGCUGCUACAACAGCCUCUGCUCUUCUUUCCACUGCAUUUUGGAGCAUCUUCAUGGUUCCCUCGCCAAACUGUUCAGUUCUCUAGAAAUUCACUGUCCCCAGUAGCAUUAAUUAACAGCCCUUCUCUGGAAUCAAGGGCCCGAGCCCAUCCCAUUAGCCUGUGUAGCCUGUUUAUAAAUUAGCCUGUUUCUGUGUAAAUGUGAGUGUGAUGUUGAGGUGGAGUUUGUGUUUUGGGGCAACAUGUACACCACCGUCUUGCUGCUUUUGUCUUUCCACUGUCUAGCAAAGGACCUGUGACCCUCCCAAGACUGUUACGUGAAUGAUGAAAAAGACUGUGUCUUUUAAUAAUUCAUUUUAUUAUAAGAACAGCGAGCCAGCGACUCAGGCCCCAACUGCUGAAUGUACCCCGGUUACUGAUAGUCAUUAGUGGGGCUGGAGAACCUACAGAAAGGACUGCUGUGAUCAGUAGGCACCCUGUCUAACAAUCAGAAACCUGUCCUUCAUGAACUGGGCCUUUUUGGGGCAGAAGGCCAGUGAGCUAAAUUUCCCAUUUUACUUUAUAUGACUGUAUAUUUUUAUGCUUCUGUUGAGGGCAGUAACACAAGGUAGUAACACAAGGUACAUCAAAGGGAAUCAUGAGCACCGAAACACUGAGAUCAAGAUAGAUCACAAUAGUAAUACAGCUACUAAUAAUAUAAAAAACAGCCGAUAAUGUAGAAAAACUACAUUUAAUAAAUACGACAAAGUAAGCAGUGUACUAAACUCAAUCCCUAAGAUUAGAUAAAGGGUCUAGUAAACAGAAGAAUGACAGUAAAUCCAUCUCUGUUCACUGAUAAACCAUGGCAGCAACACAAAAGGAAUACAUUCCAGCCAGUGUUUACAUCACAGCGCGCAUACAGGAAGUCAGACAUGUACAUAAUGUAUUUUUCUCAGUUACUCAUUUAAUCAGUCAUUUACACAUGCAGUGUAUACUGUAGUAACACUUUUUAUCUUGGUGGACAGUGAUUCAACUUCUUACACUUUACACCCUCUUAUUAAAUCAAGGUUCAGUUGUUUCCUGAUGGCACUUGAGCGCUACAUACAUCGCAGCGUUUCUCAAGAUGCAUCAAAUGAAAAGCUUCACCAGUUCUCUGUGAAUAUCUGCUGUUGAAGAUACAGAAUGUUUUGAUGGCAUCUCCAGUUUUCAAGUUUACAUAUCAGCUUGGCUCCAAAGGACUGAAAAGCAUGUAGCUACAGAAGGUAUGGCUGUCAUUUUCCUCUCAUGAUAGUUUGUGGGUUGAAAUGAAUGUUUGAUCAUGACUUAUGUGAAGGAGUAGCCUGUUACAAUUGCUGUGUAUUACUUAAUUUUGUUGUUUUUUUAUUCCAAUGUGGGUGCUACGCUGUUAUUCUGAAGCCGGCACAGUUGCCAGAGAAAAAUGCUAAUGUUUUACAAAUCUGCAAAGCAAAGAUACGCUGAAAUGUCAUGGUUUCAAGUUUUGUGAGAGACGUUGCCUCUGUACAGGGUAUUUUUGGUUCAGAAACAAUAGCAUUUGAAUGAAUGUGUUGGUUUGCACAAAUGUAAAAUAGCAACACUUGAUUCUGGCAGAUGGGUUGCAGCCGACACCCCAACAGUCUGGAAAAUGACCCAGCAUUUGCCUGAAAGCCAGUGUUAAGAGCAAGUUAAGAAGCUGCAUAUAACAAACUGGCCAAACGGUUACAUCAGUGAUUGCAUCACCAAAAUAUCUUGUUGGCCUCUUUACCUAUGCAAUUCUGUCCUGUUGCACAAUCAUUAAAUACAAAAAAAUAAAACACUGUGGACCUUCGACUGGCCAUCUCAUUUACUUACUUGACAGCUUAGAUGGAGCUCAGUAAAGCUUGAUUUAACUUCAGACAUAUGGGAAGUAAGUCCAAGUCAGCAACUACACUUUAGGAACAAGCCCCCCCCCCC